UCUUUAAUUGUCACGAAUGAUAUUUCUUUGACAAAUAGACAAACGGCUAGAAUGGCCCCUAUAAAAUUGCUGCCUUUUAAAGUAAAAUGUCACAAUUUAAAAAAACUAUUCCAUACUACGUCUUUGAAAUUUGGCUUCCUGGAUUGUUCGGCAGACGCGCAGCUGGAUAAGGGAGUGGCGGACCGAUUUUUAUGUUUGCCAAUACCAGAACCGAAGACCCAAAUUUCCUAUGUCUGGAUCGACGGUAGUGGACUGGACUUGCGCAUGCGAUCAAAGACUUUGGAUUUUAUUCCGUGCACUUAUAAGGAUUGUCCUAAUUGGACUUUUGAUGGAAGCAGCACUUUUUUUAGUCCCGCAAACAAAUCUGACAAUUACAUAGUCCCAAUUGCUAUGUACGCGGACCCAUUCAGAAGAGGAAACAACAAAAUUGUAUUAUGCGAAACGUUUACACCAGACAAAAAACCGACAAAAACAAAUCACAGACAGGCGUGCAUCGAAGUGCUGAACAAAGUGUGCGACCAAGAGGUGAUGUUUGGAUUUCAGCAGCAAUUUUACUUUAUCGGACCGGAGGGAAGACCUUAUGGGUGGCCUUGUGGAGCUAUGCCAAGGCAGACUGGAAAAAAUUAUUCUGGGCUUGGUAGUACUAGAGCAGUGGGCAGGGAAAUAAUGGAGUGUAUCUAUAGAUGUUGCCUCUACGCUGGCAUUGAUUUUCAUGGUACUACCGCCGAGAGAGCUUAUGGGCAGUGGCAGGCACUAACUGGACCUACGUUAAGCAUUAAGGCAGCAGAUGAUCUAUGGAUGGUCAGAUACAUAAUAACCAGGGUGGCAGAGACGUUUGGAAUUAGUGCCAGCUUUAAAGCUAAUCCUGUAAGAAAAGGCGGAGUUCCCUCAGGAAUGCACACAAACUUCUCCACAAAAAAAAGUAGGGAUGAGAAUGGUUACCAAGUUAUAAUGGACUAUAUGACCAAACUGGAAAAGAAUCAUAAAGCGGAUCAAAAAUUUUUUGAUUGCUCAGGAGGUGACCAUUUAAAAGACCGAUUAACCGGUGAUCAUCACACGUCUCAUCUAGAUAAAUUUAAAUGGGGUGUUGGAGACCGAACAGCGAGUGUUAAAAUAUCCCCAUCCGUGGCCGACAAGAAAAAAGGGUUUUUCCAAGACAGGCGUCCCUCCAGUUGUGCCGAUCCUUAUAACCUCAUUAUCGCCCUAGUGUGUACUUGUCUGUUGUAGUAUAAUUUUAUUUUAUGUAAUGUUCAUCCAAUAUACAAGAUUUAUUACA